AUGAGUGUAUUGACGAGCAUUCAGGGCAUCAAGGCAUUAGCAGCUGAUAAGCGGCCUCGCAAGAAGAACAAGCGUCCGUCCAAGCGCUUUCUGUGGCAAGAGGACCUUCAUUUGCGCUUCGUUGCCGCCAUCUUUGAUCGCCCGGACUCUGGGCUCACGACGGAGCACCGCAAGUCGCACCUCCAGAAGUACCGAAUCAACUACGAGCGCUCACGUUAA